CGCCUUUUUCAAUUUCGUUUUCCUAAUUCGUGCCAAAUUCCUAAUCCAGCAUCUACACAACAAUCCUUUAGAGAGAGAGAGAGAGAGAGAAGAAGAAGAAGAAGAAGAAGAAGAAGAUGAAGAUGAGCUAUGGAUCUGCCUGUGCUUCUUCUGUGAUUGCCUCUGUGUUUGUGAUUUCAAUCGUCCUGAUUAUGAUCGUCUCACGCAAAUCCGGUUCCCUUAUCACGUGCUUCGGAAAUUGUUCCGAUAAUUCAGAAUUCAGAGUGCCGAUUGUGGAGUUACGAACCAAGGUUAAUGUAUCACGAGCUGUGCUUCUCUCUGAUCGAUCAUCCUCUGCUACUACUACUAGUUCCUCCCUCAACCGUCGUUUCAAAAACUUAAACGCAAUUAGAGAAGAAUACAGAGGGCUAGAGCUAGGGCUAGCGCGAGCAAGAGCUUCCAUUCGGAUGGCGGCUUCUAGUCGAAACCUGUCGUUAGACGUCCACGACGGUGACGCACUCACUGGCCGCAUCUACCGCAACCCUGGCUCAUUUUAUCAGAGUUAUAUGGAGAUGGAGAAAAGAUUCAAGGUAUACGUGUACGAAGAAGGGGACCCACCGAUAGUCCACGACGGGCCCUGCAAAGACAUAUACACAUCGGAAGGGAGAUUCAUACACGAGAUGGAGCAAGCUGCUGGGAGGUUCAGGACAAGGGAUGCGCACCGUGCGCACGUUUACUUCAUGCCCUUCAGCGUCACCUUGAUGGUCAAGUACCUCUACAAGCCUCUGUCUUACGACGUCCGACCGCUCCAACAGUUCGUGGAUGAUUACGUGAGAGUGGUAUCCACCAAAUACCCAUUCUGGAAUCGGACGCAUGGGGCUGACCACUUCAUGCUCUCUUGUCAUGAUUGGGGCCCACACGCCUCGAGAGGCCAUGCCCAACUCUACAACACAUCCAUCCGAGUCCUAUGCAAUGCCAACUCCUCCGAAGGCUUCAACCCACAAAAAGACGUCACCCUCCCCGAAAUCCACCUCUCCAGCGGCGAAAUCUCCCCCAAACUCCUCUCCCCGCCGCCACGUCCCACCGCUCCCCGGCCCCACCUUGCCUUCUUUGCCGGCGGCGUCCACGGCCCCAUCCGCCCCGCCCUCCUCCGCCACUGGAAAGACCGCGGCGACACCGACAUGCGCGUCUACGAAUACCUGCCCGAAAACCUGGACUACUACACCCUCAUGCUCGAGUCCAAGUUUUGCUUGUGCCCCAGCGGGUAUGAAGUGGCUAGCCCGAGAAUAGUCGAGGCCAUUUACGCCGAGUGCGUCCCAGUGAUACUGUCGGAAAACUACGUGCUGCCGUUUAGCGAUGUGUUGAGGUGGGAGGAGUUUUCGGUUGCGGUCAAGGUUUCGGAUAUUGGGAGAUUGAAGGAGAUUCUGAUGGGUGUGGGGGAGGAGAAGUACUUGAGGUUGAAGGAGGGUUUGAGGGCUGUGAGGAGGCAUUUUGUGUUGAACCAACCGGCUCAGAGAUUUGAUGCGUUUCAUAUGGUUUUGCACUCUGUUUGGCUUAGGAGAUUGAACUUGAGACUUUGACUAGGCGUAGUACUGUUCAUGAACUUAUCAAGCAAAGUACAUGAUUUUUUUUUUUGGUUGGUUGAGCUAAAGAAAGGGCUACAUGUGUAUAUUAAAAUUACUUAUUGCAUGGUUCCA